AAAGAUGAAGCGCCAAAUUUCCCUGAGUGUCAAGAAAAAGAAAAUGAUAGGGUCAAACGAAGGCAACGACCACGUCUUAUUGGACAACUGAAACCAACAAUAAUUCUUUAUGGUGAUUCACAUCCUAAAGGAUUAGAAAUUGUUCAAUUCGCAGGACAAGAUCAAGAUAAAGCUGAUUGUUUAAUAAUAAUGGGAACCUCAUUAAGAAUUUUUGGAGUAAAAGCUCUUAUAAAAGACUUUGCUAGUGCGGUUCAUGGCCGUAAUGGUUAUGUGAUAUUGGUGAAUGAUACUGAUGUAGUUACUAAAGAAUGGAAAGGGAUUAUUGAUUGUCAAAUAGAAGGUACCUGCGAUGAGUGGGUUAAAUUUGUUGAUGUAGAAUUAUCAAAUGUUGAAAGAAUGAGAACCAUGAAACUAUUAAAAAGAAAAAUUGGAAGACAAAUAAUAAAAGAACAAAAAGAGAGAUGUUGA